AUGAUAUUGAUUAUUAUCACAUAUAUUUUAACAUUACUGGAUAUUUUCUUUGUUGAAUCAAGUCAUUUCUCUGGUGGCACUGUAACAUGGAAACCUAUAGCUAAUACAAUUACUGGUUCAACAGUUUCUGUGAUGUUUACACAAUCAUAUCAAUGGCGACUAUCAACAGCCGGAUAUUGUAACCAAACUUAUAUUGUGAAUAGAUCACCUCUAAUUCCAUCAAUGAGUGGUAUACUUGCUUGUGUAUCAUCUCAUACUGGUUUCUGUGGUGGCUAUAGUUCAAUGUCUAUUUUUGAAUAUUGUACCGAUUAUAGCACAUUCCUUGACUCAAGUUCAGGUCAAAUUUCAACAGUUCAAACUAUAACGAUUGGUUCGCAGUUUUGUGUCGCAUUUCAAAGUGGAAGUUGGAUUCCUGUGCAAGUGGCAUGUGCAUCAAGUACAGGUAGUUGUUAUAAUGGUGGUGCUAGCUGGUCGAUCGGUACUUGUCUCGAUUUAAAUAUUAGAUACGAUGGUGUUAUUAAUACACCACCAGUUGCAACAGUUGUCUCACCUAUAAAUGUACCUGUCAAUUCUGUAGUCAAUAUUGAUAUUCCAGUGACUGAUGCUAACAAUGAUGUAAUACGUUGUCGUUGGGCUCAGUUGACAACAUCAUUGGAUGAAUGUGCUGGUGUCUGUGGAGUAGCAGCUGGUAGUACUCUCAAUAGCAACGAUUGCAAACUAACAUUCAAUAGCACAGGAAAAACUGUUGGAGACUAUUAUGUAGUUGCUUUAAUGGUUGAAGAUUAUUGGACAUCAUCAUCAUACUUGCCAUUUAGUAGUAUUCCAUUACAAUUUCUAAUUAAAAUUGUUAGUAAACCUAGCUGCUUCACAAAGCCGAAGAUUAACUCCAGUUUACAAGAGUGUACUGCUAUUACUGUUGGAGUUACAUUUACAUUCACAUUGACAAUCAUGCAAGGAUGUGUAAACACAACAAUUGGUGAUAUAUACAGAAUACCACCUUUGAACAUGUAUAAAAGUGAGAUAAGCCCUGCUGACUCGAUCAAUGCAUGGAUUAUGAAUGAAACAUGGAUACCAACUGUUGACCAAGUUGGAUCUCAAGUUUAUUGUGCUAUUGCAACUGAUAGUAAUUAUAUACAAUCAGAACAAUAUUGCUUGACAUUUACGGUGGUAUCCAUUGGACAACCACUUACCUGCCCAACAAAUUCUAUAUCGAACAGAACCACAGUAACUACAACGACUUCAACGUAUGAAGCAAUGCAAAGUAUUUAA